AGUUAAUAAUCAUAGUUAUUAAAAUCUGUUCUUUUUAUUACUUGAUUGUUUUAUAUAUGUAUUGUGUUUAUUAUCUUAAUUAGUUACAGGAGAAUAUUCAAAGGAACGUGAAAUAAAAGUGUCAAUAAUCCCUAACGGCUCACGUACACCAAAUCCGUCAUCGGCCGAAUUAUGCUCGGGCGUUGUCGACCGAACUCGGCCCAUAGAACCAAGCACAUAGAAAGAAAAGAGAGUGCGUACACCACUGAAAGUGACAUCGUCCGUUGACGUACGUUGACGCCCGAUAAUAACCGAUCAACCGGCAUAAUCCGAACUUGUUUGGAUUUUUCGUCCGUUGUCGGGUUGAUUUAUACAUAGAUAUUGCUAAAAGCCUUCUCUUUGCAAAAUUUGGCGAAAUAUAAAUUUCCUCAAAAUAUUCCAUUGAAAACAAUUAUUAUAUGCACUUCAAGUUUCACAAAGUCAGACUACAGACCGGCGACGUCCUAGAUCGGAAGCAGUGUAUGCAGACGAUCGAUCGCCCGAGAAAGUCGUCCGAGUCGUUCCGACCCGAUGUCGGCCAAUAAUUCGGUUUUAGUGUACGCCAGGCAUGUCAAACUCUAUGGUGACAAGGGGCCAAAACAGCAAGAUAAAAAUUUGUGUGGGCCGCAGAACAUGUUAAGCUACAAUGAUGAAACUAUUUUUUUUCAUUUACCAUUUUUUUCUCAGACCAAAGUUAGUUAUUCAGGAUUUUAUAGGUAACUCAUUCCUCUUAAUGACUGAAAUAACUGCUCGCUUCGACAGGUACCUACUGUGAAAUUUGCAAACGAUUUUAUAUGGCAGUUUUCAAGUGCACAAAAAUACUUAUAAAAUCGGGCAUUUCAACGAAUUUGGAACUUACUUCGGAGUCAAAUUAGAAAUCGCUUUCCUCCAUUUUCACAUGAUUCGGCAUUAACUCUAUGUUUAUGGAACAAAUCGAAAAAAAUCAAGCGAACUUGUCUUUCAAGAAAUAUUCUGCAAGCCUUUUUCGUAUUCAAUUUUAUAGUUUAGAUUUUUUGCGUAGUAUUUUUGAUACGUCAAAUUCUAGUUUAUCUUCUGAUGUUCCAAAAGAGCUAGGUUGUAUUUGAAUGCACAUUUGCAUUUGUUCACAUAUUCGUUAUAUUAUGAAUUUUCCUCGCAGUUUUGAGUUUAACUCAGAUAAAUGUUUUGCUACAUCUAGUAUCGUGAAUUAUUAUAAAAAAAUUCCCAAGCCCCAGAAUCGUUGGUAGGUGGUUAACUCAGAAUAUUCGCUUCCUAGUUCACUUUAAGAAAUCACAAUGAUUUAACCCACGAGAUCUUAUACAAUCUGUUAUUUUUUUUUUUGGUUUUGUCCCAUAUUUAUUUGUUGAUUAGGAAAAAAAAGGAGGUGCAUGUGUGUCGAACGCUGUGAACAUAAAAUCUAAAUUAUAAUCUAAAACUCAAAAUUAAUAAAAAUGUGGACUGGGCCGCAAAGUUAUUCGUUGUGGGCCGCAUGCGGCCCGCGGGCCGCAAGUUUGACAUGCCUGGUGUACGCGAACGUUAACAGCAUACAUAAGUCCGACAUAUGCUCAAAUUGAGUUAAGGCCCAACUAUGCUCAAAUUGAGUUAAGGCCCAACUAUAAUCCUCAUGUUUUCAGAAACAGGACGAAGCAUUUCGGUCGAUUUUGACAUAAGUCCGCAUAGGGCGCAUAUGGCUAUAAUUAUAGUUGACCUUCAAUGAUGCAAUUUUAUUCAUUAACAAAAAUCGAAAAAGAAAAUUUGCAUAUAAUUUUUUCAUCAGUGUUGAUAUUUGGGAAAUCCUACUGCGGAUAGCUUUGCCAAAAAACACGCCUAAAUUUAUCUAUGAUAAAACCUUAAAUGUAACGGUUGUAGCAAAAAUAUGAUUGGUGGUCCAUAUUCACUGACCUUACUCUAUCUAUAAAAACUGUUUCUCUUCUUCCUAAAAACUGUUUAAAUUUUCCCAAUAUCCCUUUAAUUGUCUUAUACUAUACGACUAUACCUUUGUCGUCAGUUUUUGUUAAAAAGCCAAAGACUUACUUAAACGUAUGAUACCUCGACAAAGAGAUAGGUAUCGAAAAGUUUUGGAAAGUUUUUUGAAGAAGAAAAACAGAAAAAAAUAAGGUAAUGUACCUACUACCUUUAUAGAAAUAAGUUAUUCAUAUCUCAACACGAGUUUUUGUAUAUGUUUGUAUUUAAUUGCAUACAUAAACAGAUUUUGUCCCUAUUUAGGAACAUGUUUUACCAUAUUUAAAUUGCUUCCAAUACGCAAUACCCCACAACCCACAACGGAUUCUUUAUUUUACAAAAAAUGGAUAUCAUUGUCAUAUGCAUAUUUAAUUGCAUUUAAUGUUGAUAUUAGAUAAAGCGUGAGAAAAUACCAUGUGCUAUUAGUAGCAUUUACGGACCAUGGUUUAAUUUCGUCCGAGUUCACUCUCUUAUCAUUACCAACAAAUAACUCAUAAAAUGCGGUUGCAAAGAAUUCUUUACGAAUAUUUAAAGAACUCAACUCUUCAUGGAGCACGAUUUAUUGUAGAUGAAGAUGCGUCGCGCAUCGAGAAGUUUUUUUGGUUAAUUUGUGUCCUAGUUUCAUGGUUCGCCUCGUGGCUUCUUAUUUCUGCAUCAUUGGAGGCAUUUGAAAAUAAUGCCAUCAGUUUUGUUGCCGAGACAUCCUACAAGGAUUGGGAGACUAAUUUUCCUGCAGUUGUAGUUUGUGAACUAAAAAAUAUGGAUCGAAUCCAAGAAAUUGCCGAAGACCUUUGGGGAUAUGAACAUGAUUUUACCCUAGAAGAAGUUCUAAGUGAAAUUGCAUUUUUUCGAGGCGAAUCUUAUCAUACAGUGCAUGAAUGCGGUGAAAAUGAAAUGGCUGAAAAUUGUUUCACUUCGAAUUUUUCGUAUUAUGCAAAACUAGUUCGGAGCAGUUGUGAAAAAACCAUUUCAUCAUGUAAAUGGAAUGGUUCUCCAUUUGAUUGUUGCAAGUAUUUUGUAAAAUUGGAAACAGAGCUCGGAAUUUGUUAUGCUAUUAAUUCCUUGCAAACAAGUUCUCCUGAUAAAAUGUCUAUGUACUCAAAUCGAGUGACCGGGCCAGGUUCUUUGAUAAUGGAUGUACUAACAGAGGCAAAUAUUUAUGUACUUGGUGAAGAAGAAGUCCCAAACCUGGUUACUCCAAAGACAGAAAUUUUAACCGUUGGUCCUUAUGUGUCUUAUUUAAGAUUUAUAUCAAAGAAAGAUAUUCAAAAUGAUGAGCAAACUCGCAGCACUAGUGUUCAGCAAAGAAAUUGUCGAUUCAACGAUGAAAAUAUUCUCAACGUUCAUAAAUACUACAGCUAUAGCGCUUGCAUUGUUCAAUGCCGCAAGGAUAAGCAAUUUAGGCUUUGCAAUUGUACAAGUCACCUUAUGCCAAAUACUCCGGAAUGGCUUUAUUGUAACAUGACCGGGUUGCAGUGCCUUAAUGAAUAUUAUGAAGAUCUUUCAGUGGUUAUUGCUAAAUGGUCAUAUGGACGUAAGGGAUUGGUAUGCGAUUGUUUGCCAUCAUGUAGUGAAGUCGAUAUAUCAACUGUUCUCGAUAGCAAAGAAAACAUAUAUGGUCAUCAGAAUCCCAUUUCAAAGGUUCAAAUAUCAUUAAUGGAACUUCCAACCGAACGUUAUAAACGGAUUGUCGUACGAGGAAAAUUGGAUUUAGUUGUGUCAAUGGGUGGAACUACUGGAUUAUUUGUUGGAGCAAGUUUGCUAAGCUUUGUUGAGAUAUUUUAUUACUUUACUGUGCGGGCUUAUAACACAUUUGUUACAGAACGUACAAAAUAAAAAAUAUGUACAUAUAUUGCUCUUCAUUUCAUUAUAAUUCAAAAUCUAAAAAGAAUUAGGGCCAUUUGCUGAAUAAUUUAUGUGUCCCUCAUUACAAAAAAUGAUAUAUGAGUUACUUAUCAUGUUAUUAAAAAAUUCUUGAACAAUUUAAGUGACUUUUCUUUUAUUUUAUAAAACGAAACGUCGCGUAGCAAUAGUAUCUAUUUACCUUCAAAAACCGCUAAUCAGAAUUUUUUUCGCUUAAUGAAGUUGUACUUGACCGAUUGACAGUAAUAAAGCUUUUUUCUAGUGAAUUUAGGUAUA